AGCAGUUUAUAACAGCAGAGAAGAAGAAGAGAGAGGCACACCCAGACCAACUGAGCCCACUGGUCUGAUUGGGCCUGUCUUGAUGCAGUGAACUGGGACCAGUCUGUUUGAGACUAACUGGACUUGGCUGGGUUCUGGAGGGUUGAGGUGGACUGCAGUGGUCUGAGCUGGUCUGAGGAACAGGAAGUGGAUGGACGGUUUCCAGGCGUACGGGGCGGGGAAGGCCGGCGGAGCGUUCGACCCUGCGACCUUCAUCAGGCAGCCGCAGACCGUCGUGAGGAUCCUGUGCUGGCUCUUCUCCAUCGUCAUCCUCGGCUGCGUUGCUAACGAGGGCUAUGUCAACAGGCCAGAGGAGGUGGAGCCGUAUUGCAUCUUCAACCGCAACCAGAACGCCUGCAACUAUGGCAUCACCAUGGGAACACUGGGGUUCCUAUGCAGCGCUGCUUUCCUGGCACUGGAUGUUUACUUCCCCCAGAUCAGCGGCGUGAAGGACAGGAAGAAGGCCGUCAUGGCUGACAUCGUGGUGUCAGCUCUAUGGGCCUUCAUCUGGUUUGUGGGCUUCUGUUUUCUGGCCAAUCAGUGGCAGGUCUCUAAAAAAGAGGACAAUCCUCUGAACGAAGGAGCCGACGCAGCGAGAGCCACCAUUGUUUUCUCCUUCUUUUCCAUCUUCACCUGGGUGCUGCAGAGCCUGCUUGCCAUCCACAGGUUCAAACUGGGAGCCAACACCGUCAUGUUCAACCAGGACUACAUGGAUCCUAAUCCACACGAACCCAUGGAGGCUGCACCCACGACUGAAUAAAUCCCUUCAGAUGUGCUGGGUAGUUUUUGUUCGAUGGAUUUUUGUUCUUAUGGUGCAUUCAGGGACUCAACAUAGACACUUUCAUUGAAAGUGAGUUCAUAUUUAGAGUAGGAUGAUGAAACUACACCAUUUCUGCUGAAUUAGCAGCCAAUCACACUCCAGAACAUGAACAGAAGCAACAUGGUCAGAAAUUAUCUAAAUCCUCCACUUCCUGCUGAAAAAUCACUACCACAAUACAAGCAGCUUCACGACAAAAGGCUGAUCUCAGUUACUAAACUUUUCAGAGACUUUUCUGCCCAUUUUUAGCUUCAAAGCAGUCACAGCACCCCGUGCUGCUGCACCAAGCUAACCACUAGUGAUGUGUUGGUCACGACGAAAUGGAUCUUAGAGCCGACUCUUUGAAGUGAACGACGCGAGCCGGCUCCUUAUUGGGAGCCAUGGUUUUUUUCUUCCUGUCUCUCUCUCUCUCUCUCACUUUUUUCCGCUUCACUCCGCACGCGAGCCUUGUGCUUUGUGCUGAGCAGAGGGGGGAGGGGCUGUAGUUACACUGGCAGUAGCACAGGAACAGAGCGGGAGGGAGAGAGAGAGAAAGAGAGCCAGGGACAACAACGUCACAUUAGAAAGGUAUAGUAAUCAUCCACAACUAUUUUCAUGAUAAAGGAUUCAGAAAGUGUAUUCAGGCAGGCCCAUAUGACAGAGAAUGUGCAUCUUCUUUUUGUUUUCAUAUUUUGAUUUAUAUUUAAUUGUGUUGUGGUUUGUAGUGUUUUGUGUUGUUUCACUUUAAAUUUGUUUAAAAGGAAAAAGCUGAAAAUUUAAAUAGUUAAAAGUUGAAAUAUAAAUAGUUGUUUUUUGUAUUUUAUAAUUGAUUUAUUACAUUUUAUGUGGAGUGAAUAAAUAAAAAUAUAUUUCUCUCUUGUUGUUGUCCAUGGCUCUCUUUCUCUCUCUGCUUUGUCUCUAGGGGCCACCGUAUAUAUUUAUAUAUAUACACAUAAAUAAAUAAAACCACAGGUUUUUUUACAUUAGUAAUUCCUUUUGUGCAUAAUUUUAUAUUGUUGUUGAUAAUAAAUGAAUUAAAGCAACAAAACAACCUGAAGAGCCGGCUGGGAGCUGAAAGAGCCGGUUCCCAUCACUACUAACCACGCUUCAGGUUUGAAUCUGGAUUGUGAUUGGUUGCUCUGGUGACUGACUGCUGGUGGCCUGCAGCGCCUCCUGCUGGUCGCUCAUGUUUGUGUUUUGGUGCUGUGAGGUCUGAUUCACUGUUAGUGGGAGACUGUGUGUGUUUGUCUCACAAUAAACAAACAGAAACAAACUUUA